CCGCUUGGCAGGAUGGCCCUGAACGGCCUGACCUGCAACCACUGCGGCGGCACGGACAUCGAGCUCGAUGCGGCGCGCGGCGACGCGGUGUGCAUCCAGUGCGGUACCGUCCUCGAGGAGAACACUAUCGUCAACGAGGUCACCUUUGAGACGUCGGCGGGCGGCGGUUCGGGCGUGGUUGGCCAGUUCGUCCCGUCCUCCGGGCUCCGCUCGUCGGGCCUGGGCUUCGCCAAGGAGUCGCGCGAGGUCGCCCUUUCCAACGGCCAGCGCCACAUCUCGCAGCUCGCCAACGCGCUCCGCCUGUCCGAGCACCACCAGGACGCAGCCCAGCGCCUCUUCCAGCUCGCCGUGCAGCACAACUUCAUCCAGGGCCGCAAGACGCAGCACGUGAUCGCCGCCUGCCUCUACACCGUCUGCCGGCGAGAGAAGACCGCCCACCUGCUCAUUGACUACUCGGACGUGCUGCAGACAAACGUCUACAUGCUCGGCGUCCGCCCUCCGCCUUGUCCAGCGCAUGAAGCGCGACUGGAUCCAGACCGGCCGCCGCCCGUCCGGCAUCUGCGGCGCCGCCCUCCUCAUCGCCGCGCGCAUCCACGGCUUCCGCCGCACACAGCGCGAGGUUGUGCGCGUCGUCCGCAUCUGUGACGUGACGCUGCGCAAGCGGCUGAUUGAGUUUUC